GAGAAAGAGUGCAAUAAAGUAUCGGCUUAACAACUCCCACCCUUCAUAUUAUCGCGCUUUAAGACCGGGGUCCGCCACUGGCCCAGUGCACAUGAAAAAUGGGGGGGUUGGAGUGUAAACGUUUAACUUUGUUGAUUAACUGAGAUUGUAAUAAAUAUACAUUAAUGAUUAAUAUUUCUAUAAAACAUGUAUUAUGGCAUAAAUUGCUCAUAUUAGUGAAAUUUACUCAUCAAAAUAUCUAAACAAAGAACUGUUGUAUAGUGGCCACCCCUCUAUUUUCAGUUUUUAUAACAGCCCAUAAUGUCGUAUCCAGUUGGGUAGAAAAAGCCUUGGUUUAAAGUCACAACUGUUAGGUGUUAUUAGAUAAUAUUUUAACAUAUAUUCUAGACAUGUUGCUCAAUGAAAUGCGUUGUUUGUCAAUUAAAUAGUUUAUGUGAAAAGCUAACUAUAAACAGGACUGUAAAGGAUACCGGUUUAAACUGUUUGAUCUUUAGUCAAGUCUUUACUUCCUUUGACUGGUGAGUGGAUUGCUAUUGAAGGCUAACGUUAACAACAUAACAUUGUUUGUCUGCAUCUUCCUGCCAGUAUGAGUCGUCAGUGUAAGAACUGUGGUGGAGCAGACAUCGACACAGACCCAUCCCGGGGGAGUGCGGUCUGUACAGCCUGUGGUUCGGUUCUGGAGGAUAAUAUCAUCGUUUCUGAGGUUCAGUUUGUGGAAAACAGCGGAGGGGUGUCUUCAGCAGUUGGCCAGUUUGUAUCUGCAGAUGGUACUUCCAAAGCUCCGGUCCUGGGCAGUGGGUUCCACACAAGUCUGGGAAAAGAAUCGCGUGCUCAGACACUCCAGAACGGGAAACGGCAGAUACACAACCUCGGCAGCCAGCUGCAGCUGAACCAGCACUGCCUGGAUACGGCCUUUAAUUUCUUCAAGAUGGUUGUGAGCAAGCACUUGACUCGAGGGCGAAAGAUGACACACGUCAUAGCCGCCUGCCUCUACCUGGUCUGCAGGACAGAGGGAACGCCACACAUGCUCCUGGACCUGAGUGAUCUUUUACAGGUUAAUGUUUACAUUCUGGGAAAGACCUUCCUCCUGUUGGCCAGAGAACUCUGUAUCAACGCUCCAGCCGUCGAUCCGUGUCUGUACAUUCCACGAUUCGCCCACAUGUUGGAGUUUGGUGAAAAGACUCAUGAGGUUUCGAUGACUGCUCUGAGACUGUUGCAGAGGAUGAAAAGAGACUGGAUGCACACUGGGCGGCGACCAUCAGGCUUGUGUGGCGCAGCUCUGCUCGUGGCAGCUCGUAUGCAUGAAUUCCGUCGGACAGUGAAGGAGGUGAUAUCUGUCGUCAAGGUGUGCGAGGCCACGCUGAGAAAAAGGCUUACAGAGUUUGAGGAGACCCCCACCAGUUCCCUGACCAUUGAUGAGUUCAUGCGAGUGGACCUUGAGCAAGAAUGUGAUCCUCCAUCUUUUGUUGCUGGAAAGAAAAAACUUAAGAUGCAGCAGCUGGAGCACGAGUUGUCCAAGAAACUUGAGGAAUAUCAAGGUGAGAUCAACUCAUACCGCGAUGAGAUUGAGACACAGCUGGCAGGGAGCAGCAGAACCAAACUGAGAGGGAUUUAUGCCUCCUACACAAGAGAAGAUGAUGACUGUGUGUCUUUGGCCUCUGGGGUGACUGGGGACGAAGAUCCAGACGAUGAAGAAAUGGAGGCAGCAGCCCAACAUCUCAACCAGAAUUUCAUCAGUCAGGUGCUAGAGCGGGGGGACCAGGAAGGAAUGGAAGAUCAGGAGGCGAGUAAGGAUACGGUACCGAUAUCUAGUAUGCAGUCCACACGUAUGCCCCUGACAGCCCUCUUCGGCCCUUUACCCAGCGCUGCCAGCCUCGGUCUAACAGACUCCAUUCGGGAAUGCAUCGCAGAGGAGACUAGAAACAUGGAAGAUAAAUCUGGCAAUGGGGAACUUGAUCUAGAUGGGAUUGAUGAAGAUGAAAUCGAAAAGUACAUUCUGAACGAGAUAGAGGUGGAGGCGAAGACAGAACUGUGGAUGAAGCAAAAUGAGGAGUAUUUGAAGGAACAGAAAGAAAAAGAAGAAAGAAUAGCUAAAGAAAAGGAGCAAGGGACCUAUAAGGAGAAGCCAAAGAAGCCGUCCAAGAAGCGAGAACCGAUCCUGGCCAGCACUGCGGGAGAGGCCAUUGAGAAGAUGCUGGAGCAGAAAAAGAUUUCCAGUAAGAUCAAUUAUGAUGUUUUGUGGGACCUCAACAGCAAGGGCAGCGGGAGCAACACCACCCAGCAAGCCGAGGACGUGCCCGCCGUUGGCUCUGGACGCAAGAAGUUGACCCGCCGCAAGAAGCAGCCAAACAAGAGCAAUCUUGGGCUUGCUAAACCUGCAAGCCUCAUGGGCAAGAGGCUCCGCCCUUUAAUAUCGUCCGCUCCCAAGAAAAAGAGGACACCAACCACACCGGUCACUGCCAACAUCCCCACGCUGUUGCCUCCUGCAGCCCCAGAGCCCCCUCCGGCCCCCACCCCUCCCCCCAUGUUGGAAAUUGGGCCUGUGGCAUAUGAGGAACCUGCAGAGGAAGAAGAGGAAAAUGAGGAAGAGGCAGAAGAGUCUUGCGUUAGUGCCAUGGAGCUGAUAGGUGGAAAUGAUUACGGGUGUGAAGCUGAAGAAGAGGAAGUCUUUUAGACUGAACUUGUCUGCCCACCAAACUUGUCCUUCCAUUACCUUGUACAGUGAAGAGAAGAGCAUUUAAAGCACAUUUGAGACGCCUAUAAUAUGCUGAGCAUUUACGAAAGGUCACUCUCGCUCAGUGCAGUACAUAUGACUGGUUAAACUGCAGCAUCUGUGUGAUGAGUGAGACACUACGGAAGAAGGUGGCUGGCACCAUUUUAGCACUGAAGUAGUUUGCUGAGGAUCUCAGAGAAGAUGUUUCACAGGUGCAGUAGGAUUUAAACAUGUGAAGAUACUGAUGUCUGCUCAGCUAAUAAUGUUGGAUGCAUUGUGGGACAAUGUACUAGCGAUUUGUUUUACACUUAUUGUACCACAUUUAUUGUACAUAUAUAGUAAGAAGCUGUAAAUAUAUGGCACUGUGUUUAACUUUUUAUUUUUAACCUAUUUAAUGCUACAUGUGUCUGUAUAUAUGUAUAUGUGACAGCUUUUUGUCAAAUGCACUGUUUUAUUUCCUAAUUCCAUGAAAAGUAAAUGUUCUUCUGUGUUGGGUUGUGAUAAAUAUUAAUGUGUAAUAUACUGCAGUGUAUUGUACAGAAAGGAUGUUACCCUCGUUUUUAUCCGUUUUCAUUGAAUACUGUUGUGAGAUGUAGAUUUCAGAGUACAGAUCUGUGAUUGAAAAAUUAGUGACUAGAACAAUAUAAGGUAUGUGAAUAAAUUCACAUUUAUUCAGGA